CUUCGGAUAUUUACAUAUUUCAUUUGACCUUCUAUCUUCAAGUUCUCUCUGUCUACACCCAUGUUACAAUGAUUCCCAAACUGGAAAGUCCAGGCUGAUGAAACUCUCUCUUCUCUUCUUGGCUGACUUGGGCAGAUUAUAUUUGAGGCUGUUUAGUACACCAUAUACCACCAUGUGUGCCUAUGUAGACAUGAACCAGCCAACCUAUAGAUGUGUUAGUGUAUGGGACUUCAAAGGUUCUUCCCAUGAACUGCUGAGUUUCAAAGCUGGUGAACAUUUCCAUGCUCUGGACAGAAGUGGGGACUGGUGGCUUGUGGAGAGACUGAGAGGAGAUGGCAGUAGGACUGGCGAGAAAGGAUACGUGCCAUAUAAUUACAUGGCGGAAGAAGGAACGGUGGAAGAGCAGUCGUAAAUGGUUUUUCGGAGAACUGUCACGGACAGAGGCUGUAAAUCUCCUGUUGAAAAAUGGAAAUAGGACCGGAUCCUUCCUGUUUCGUGUUAGUGACAAGCAUGGCUUUAUGUACGCUUUAUCAGUGCGCUCUCAGAACACUGUAAAGCACUUCAAGAUCUUCAGGGAUGAGCAGGGGGAAUAUCACUUGAACAGGUUGCACUUCUUUGCGGAUUUGAGUAAACUAACUGAAUUCUACAAAGUGAAGCCUUUAGCAAAUGACCUAGUGCUGACACAUCCAUGUUUGAAGGAUGAGCCCACAGCUACGGAGCUGUGCCUACUUCCGGAUGAUGAGUGGGAGAGACCCAGGGAGGAGUUUCAACUGGAACAAGAGCUGGGAUCGGGGAACUUUUCCAAGGUCUUUGAAGGAUACUGGCUUGGAAAAGUCAAAAUUAAAGUAGCAAUUAAGACAGUUAAUCAAGAUGCAACCAGUCGGGAAACCUUUGUGAGCGAGACGUCAUUUCUGAAGACCCUUCGGCAUCGUAACUUGUUAUCCCUAUACGCUGUAUGUUCGGUGGGAAACCCUUUUUAUAUAAUCACUGAGCUUAUGUCCAAGGGGGACCUGCUUUCAUUUCUGCGGAGUGACGAGGGGAAGCAGCUAAAUAUGGACGGGCUCCUGGAUAUAGCAGGGCAGAUCGUCGAUGGAAUGGAUUACCUUGAGACAAAGAACUGUGUCCAUCGUGACUUGGCUGCCAGAAAUGUCCUCGUUGGACACAACAACAUCUGCAAGAUCGCAGACUUUGGCUUGGCAAGGUUUAUUAAAGAUGAAGCUUAUUUAUCCUUUUCCAAGCAAAUACCUUAUAGAUGGACAGCGCCGGAGGCAUUGGCCUAUGGCCGUUAUACCCUCAAGUCAGACGUUUGGUCUUUUGGAGUUUUGUUAUAUGAGAUAAUGUCCCGGGGGGCUAAACCAUACACAGGUAUUGAAAACUCUGAAUUGCUUCUAUACUUAAAACAAGGCAACCGCUUACCAGCUCCCUCAAAUUGCUCAGCUAAAAUCUACAAAGUUAUGUUGGAUUGUUGGCAUGAAAACCCAGAAAAUAGACCAUCGUUUAAUGAACUGAAGACAUAUAUAGACAACCUGGCAAACUAUGAGCCUCCUGAGGAUUCCAUCAAACCUUCUUCUAAGCCAAAGGGAUGGAUCCGCAAGCUGAAGAAGCAAGUUAUUAAAUGAGCCUUGUGCUGAACUCUGCAGGGUCGACACCUGAAAUUCACAGACCAAGGGCAUUGCUAGGAUCUUAAAUACCAGGGUAUGGGCCCCCAGGUAUCAUCCACAUACUGCACAGUUGCAUAUACACACAAUCACACACUACAGGUACAUUGUGCACACACAUAACACACGGUACAUCCACAAAGACACUGGAAAAACACAGCCGGUCACAUAAUUGUGCACACCUACGGACAUGAAACACUAGCCACAGCCAUCCAUCUUUAUUGUGUUUUUCCCAUGCACACUGGCACAUUGGCCAAGAACUUGGCAGGGAACUAAAUUACAGCUCCAUUUGACUGAAAUGCAUUCAGAUCCCUCACAGUCAGGUGGACAGGACUGUGCAGGGAAAGCUCAGAAGGUGACAUAUUCCUAAAUCUCGGCUGUGUCCUCAUUCUCAGGAUGGAUGGGGGUCCCCGAGGUCAAACCCCACUGAAUAUGAAGUAAUGGCACAUCCAAGUGGUAUGCCAUCUCUUUAUUAGAUGUGUAAAGCCCUUUAAGAGAGCAUUGUAAAGUGGUGUGGACUUUCCUUCAAAUCCCCUGUCUGGUCACUCCUUGAUCAUCCCUGGUCAUCCCCUGCUAUAAACUAUGAGCUGAUAAAAAUGACUUCCUCAUGCCUACGCAUGGUUUUACACGACCGGAUGCAAAAUGAGCACCUAUUGAUGAAAAAACGAAUUGGCACUUGUUUACAGAACCUUUAGACAGACUGAUGGAAGUGGCAUGGGGGUGGAGCACAUGCCCUGUUUACAUGGAGCAAUGUUCUGCUGACCAACGAGUAUUUUUAUGCCCAGAGAAAAAAAUCUGAUGAGCCACACUGAUCGCUGCCCUGUCUACACUGUACAAUGAUCUGGAACAAGCCUUCUUACUAACACAUCUUUUCAUUCAUUUGCCUGUUUAAAAGGGCCAGAACUCAAGCAUUUGUAACCUGCAAUCAGUUUCUGAGCGGCUACCUCUUCAUUCAAGGGGUUGUCUGGCAAUCAUAAAAAAAAAAAAAAAAAUCAGAAUGCUGAUCACUUCACUGAACGCCUGCCAUCCUGCUCCAAUGCUUUCUGGGUACCCCACGAGUCUUUAGUGUCUGGUCCCUCUUGACAUGGAAAUGUGACACCUCAGCCAAACACUGGCUGAGGUGGGUCACAGAUGCAGCCAGUGACUGGCAAAGAGCUUACAUUUACUGUGUCGAGAGGGACCGGAAAAUAGAUAUUGGUGAA